UUCUCAAGUGUUUUACCUUUUUCUGCUGAAAGUGAAUGUGGUUUUAAUUCUGUUCUAUGGGGGAUAGAGAUGGGUUACGCUCCCAGACCUGUUCACAGAGUUUUUAUCAAAUCAAAACUUGAUACAGGACUUUUCCCUGUUGCUGUUUGCCCGGCUUUGCCAAUAGAGGGUGUGGCCAUGUUGUUGGGCAAUGAUAUUGCGGGAGGGUUAGUGCUCCCUCGUCUGGAGGUUUUAGAUAACCCCCUGAAUCAGAAAACCUCUGAUGUUUCCAUGCACCCUGGGCUGUAUCCAGCCUGUGCGAUUACUCGAGCACAAGCUCGUAAAGAUACUGAUGUUGACCUCUCUGAUUCGGUGUUGAUGUCCUCAUUUUCUGAGGAGAAUGAUGUACCAACUAACAGAAACAAUGUUCUGUCACCCCCAGACUCAGUGAAACCUGAGGAACCUGAUCCAUUUCCUAAGGUCUCUUCGCUGCCCUUGACUAGAGACCAGCUGUCAGUAGCUCAAUUAGCUGAUGAAACUCUGCAGAGCUGUUUCAAACGUACGGUGCAGAAGGUGCAGAAUGGAGUAAAGUCAAGCAGAUUGUCGUGCCCUCUGUGUACCGGCAGAAAAUCCUGGCUCUUGCCCAUGAAAGCCAGUGGUCAGGACACUUGGGCAUCACAAAAACAUACCAGCUACUAUUAAAGCAUUUCUUUUGGCCUGAUAUGAAGCGUGAUGUUUCUAAAUUUUGCCGCAGUUGCCAUGU